AUGAUGACAGGCGAUUACAGAUAUGUCAUCACAACACUGGAUCUGCACGCGAUCGACUGGCGCCAGUACCAGUAUUCUGGCGUUAACAUAAAAGGUUUCCAACUAAUAGAUUUCACCAAUCCAUUUGUCCGCGAUUUCCUGAACGAUUAUUUGGAUGUAUUUAAGAUCGAGUCUGUUGAACAGUUUCGACUCGAUGAUGCCUUAAUAUUCGACGCGGUGAUGAUGUUUGCACAUGCUUACAAAGAUCUUAGUUAUAAGAAUGGACAGUUAUUCAGUGCUACAUUUUCCAAGGAUUUCGAUAAAGAAUUCUAUCCCUGGAAGGAAGGUCUCAGUUUGAGAAAUUACUUGUUAUAUACGGAAAUUAUGGGUCUGACGGGCUCAAUAGCUAUAGACGGCGAUGGUGCUCGACGACGUUUCAAACUCGAUUUGAUGACUCUCCACGAGACGGGUCUCAAGAAACACUGCGAAUGGAAUUUUGAAAAUUAUUUCGUCGAUUUCAGAUACGAAGAGUCGCGCGAAAAGCCUCACUACAAAGUCCUCAUUACGAAUAAUCCACCUUACGCGAUGGUAGUGAAACAUUCGAGGAGCAUGGCGGGGAACGAGCGUUACGAAGGAUUGGUUGUUGAUAUAAUAAAAGAAUUGUCCAAGGCAUUGGACUUCGAUUACACGUUGAUCAUGCAUUCGAAUACGAAUAAUGGCAAUUGCAAAUGGGAAAAGCUCAGCAAUUACACAAGCUGCAUUAGUUGCGACGGCGUAACAGGAAGAGUUUUUAAUGGAGAAGUUGAUAUGGCAAUAUCGGAUUUGACGAUGACGGAAAACCGAGCGAAGUGCGUGCAGUUUUCAACGCCCUUCAUGAAUUUGGGCAUAAGCCUGUUAGUGAAGAAACCUCAGAAAGUAGUCACUCUAUUUUCCUUUCUCGCGCCUUUCCACUAUCAAGUUUGGCUGUGUAUAGCAUUGAGCACCAUUGUGAUGUCGAUCUUAUUUUUCGCCCUUGGCCGUCUUUGCCCAGCCGAAUGGACAAAUCCUUAUCCCUGCAUUGAAGAACCUAACGAAUUGCAGAACCAAUUUACAUUCAACAAUGCCGUGUGGUUCACUGUGGGAGCUAUCUUGCAACAGGGUUCGGAAAUCGCACCAAUAGGAUUGUCAACAAGAGUUUUAGCCGGUACUUGGUAUUUCUUCUGUUUAAUCAUCUCUAAUGCAUACACUGCCAAUUUAGCUGCAUCACUAUUCGAUCAAACUCCUGUAAGACUAGUAGACAGCUACAAAGACCUACUCGACCAAACGGAAAUAAAAUACGGCGCUAAACUCAACGGGUCCACGAUUAAAUAUUUCGAAAGUUCCAGCAAUCCAGACCAUCAAAGGUUAUACCGUCAAAUGAUGCUGGAUGAAGAAUGGAAAAAAAUGUACACGUUCAAAGAAAACGAAGAAGGUGUCGAACUUGUCCGAAGUAAUAUUACGAAAUAUGCUUUUUUCAUGGAAUCUUCGACCAUACAGUACACUAUAAAACAUUAUUGUGAACUUGAAGAAGUUGGUCAACUCAUUGACCAAAAGUCAUACGCCAUCGCCUACUUAAAAAACUUUACAGCUCAUCAAAAGAUAAACGAAGCGAUAUCUCUUCUCGAAGAAAGUUCUAUAUUAGCAGGACUCAGGCAUAAAUGGUGGGAUGAGCGGGGCAAUCUUUGCGGUAAACCCGAGUCCAAUAGCCCAGAAUCGAUGACUGAAGAACAAUUGAGGGGUGUUUUCGUUGUAUUAGUAGUUGGUCUUCUGUUAUCUACUAUAGUAACAAUCUGUGUAUCAUUUCGGAGUAUUCGAUCGAUCUCGAAAGCGAAUCAGCUUGAUUUAUUCGACACGGUUAAAAUCGAAAUGAAGAAUAUAACGCGAUCGAAGCCAAUUAAAACAGUAUUAUUGAAGCAGAGAUCCACAGAAACAAAUUUGACAGAUCGUUCGUGUAAUUGUACUAUGUCUACACAAGUUUGA